UACCCGCUCGUAACGGCACCGCUCCGCUUCUUUUAAAAACAUUCGCGAAAAAAUGUGUGUUCCAUAUUUAAAAAACCGUGCGUAGCGGACGUUAUUCCUUUCGGAUUAAAAGCGAAAAUGUUGGAUACGUGAUUUUGUAAUCGGAAUCUUAUUGGACUUUUGAGUGGACAAUGAUUUUAAAACGGAGACAGUUGAGUGCAAUGACGGUUGGCAUUGAGUGUUGAUGGAUGUGGAGACGGAGGGCUGGUCGCGGGCCAGGAUGGUGGCGGAGGAGAGCAAGGCCCGGGCCACGGACUUCAGCAUCGCGGCCAUCAUGGCCCGCGGCGAACCGCGCAGCCCCGUCGCCGUUUCGCCGACGCGAACUGGUUCAGUGUCGCGGCAGAGUUCUCCCGCGUCACUCAGCUCGCCGGCAUCCAGUUGUCGGUCACCCGCGCUCGAAGAGGACGUGGAGGUGGACGUGGAGCAGUGUUCUGACGGGGAGGAGGGCUCCGACCACGCGGCGCCAUCACCUGCACCUUCCUCAGAGCUAGGGGAGCGCGAUACGCCAUCCCCAGCGCGGCCGCUGCCACCGGCCACCUCCUGCAAUUGCGAAGAGCUGCUGACGGUAGACUGCCAGCUCGAGACCAAGGAGCUAUGGGACAAGUUCCAUGACCUGGGCACUGAGAUGAUCAUCACCAAAACUGGGAGACGUAUGUUCCCGACGGUGCGUGUGUCGUUCGCGGGGUGCCGCGCGGAGGCGCGGUACGCGGUGCUGCUGGACGUGGUGCCGGUGGACGGCAAGCGCUACCGCUACGCCUACCACCGCUCCUCGUGGCUGGUGGCGGGCAAGGCGGACCCGCCCGCGCCCGCGCGCCUCUACCCGCACCCCGACUCGCCCUUCUCCGGCGACCAGCUGCGCAAGCAGGUCGUCUCCUUCGAGAAGGUCAAGCUCACCAACAACGAGAUGGACAAGAAUGGACAGAUCGUCCUAAACUCCAUGCACCGGUACCAGCCCCGCAUCCACCUCGUGAAGGUCCGCGACGGCGGCGGCCCCAUCACGGACCUGACUCGCGAGCAGCACCGCACCUUCGUCUUCCCUGAGACCGUGUUCACAGCCGUCACGGCCUACCAGAACCAGUUGAUAACAAAGCUCAAGAUAGACUCUAAUCCCUUUGCGAAAGGAUUCAGGGACUCUUCGAGGCUUACAGACUUUGAUAGAGACCCGAUGGAGCUGAUGCUGAUGGAGCAGCAGCUGCUGCGGUCGCCGCUGCGGCUGUACGCGGGCGGCGGCGGCGGCGCGGGCGGCCCGCUGCCCGACGAGGAGGCGGAGAAGCGCGCGGCGUGGGCGCGCACGCCGCCGGCCCUGCAGCUGCUGGCGCUGGGCGGGCGCGGCUGGCCCGGCGCGUGGCCGCAACCGCUGGCGCUGCCGCCCGACCUGUGGAUGCAGAAGCCCCCCGCCCCGCUCCGCUACUGCCCCUACCCUCCCCCCGCGCACGCCGCGCCCUCCGUCAGGCCCGACCACGCGCCUUCUCCGAGACAUCCUCUGUGAAUAUUGUGCUGACUUUACCCACUAACCACUGUCGUACUGUGGUACGUCACCAUAGUCGCCAGGAUAAUUGUUAAGGGUUCCUGAAACAUUCCAAAAGACUAUGUGCGACUAAAGACUAUCGAAAAUGUGCUGUGAGGACUUGUAUAAACAUUUCUCUACACGUAGUACCUACCUACUUAAUAGUGAUUUAUAGUUGACUAUCAGUCAGAGUAUUGCUAAGAAAGUAAUUACAUGGUUCCUACCGGAAAAGAUUUAACUUGUAUUGUUAAUAUAGAUCAGAUUUUAACGUUAGUUACCUGAUAGGUAUCCGAUUAUCGUAUUAUUUAACUUGAGGAUAGUCUUUUGAUUUAUCUAUGUUUUGUUAUUUCUUCUAAUCCCUCGAAUUCCACAGACUAGGUAUACAUAGGUAUUGGGUCAGUAAAGAGACUCAUACUUCUAGGUCGUUCUAUGGCUGACUUUAUUUAGGUCUGUGGCCUUCGAGAGCUUACCUAAAAAUAAACUCAUCACGAAAACUUUGAACCAAAGAUCUUUAUAAUUUGAAUGCAAUUUUGUAAACAAUAAAGUAACUAUUUGUAGAACUAGCGACUAGACUCCUCAUUAUUAUCUAUGGAAAUUAUGAAGAAGUUAUAACAUUCCAAUAAGAAUUUAGCAUAUAAUUUAGAAAUCAGCGGGAUUGAUGAUAAUAUGAUAACUUCACUGUAUGGAAUUAGUAAAAAACGCAUGGAUGUUUCAACAAGUGAAUAACCUGAAACUACCACUGACAUGAAUUUUCUAUGCUGGCUCCACAAGCUUUGUGUUUGUUACAAACACAAACAUUUGAAAACACCACCCAACACAAACACGAUUCCCAAGGCUUGUCGAACGUGUCAGUUUGUCGAACACCUGAGAAACCAAGAGCCCAAGACCAAAGAUCCGUGUAAAAGGCCGACACCAACACUACCGGCGAUCACUAGCAAACACAAAACUGGGGAACAUCUAUCCACACGUUUAUAUUUUUUGGGCAGUGUUUGACAUGCUUGUGGAGCCGGCAUUAAAAUAUUGGUGUAAGUGAAUUAUGCAUAGUAUACAUAGCCACCUACUGAUGUAUUCAAUUUCUUGUUGACUGUACUGGCAGAUAUCAAUAUUAUGUAAUACAUAUUGCUAUAAGUAUAAAACUAAACUUACUUAGUUUUAACCUGCUGAAACUAGUGUAUUUUCUGGCUAAGUAUUAAUUUAAUAUGGGUUAGAAAUACUAGGUAUAGCUAAUAAAGUAAUAUUUUGAAUGUUUAUUUUUGUGAACAUUUCAUUUUACUGAGUUGCGGUUGAUCAAUCAAUCGUGAAUAAUUAACUAUUUUAAUACAAUGUUACUUGUUACUGCAAUAUUACACUUACUAUGUAUUUACAAAAGUAAUAUAAUUCACUUACACCACAUAACCGUAUUGUGUAUUCGUAUGUAAUAUAUAGAAAUAUGUAGGUAUUUAUAUUCCACUAGUAUUGUACCUUAUGAAGAUGUAUGUAUUGUAUAGCGAUUGAUUAAAUUAUUUUUGUAGGGUAAGCACUGUACAUAUGGAGAUCACUUAGAUGUUUGUAUUGUAAGAAGUUAUGGAAGCGUUUUAGUGGUGAUUGCGUCGCUCACAUUGUACGAGCACCUUUUUAGA